GACAAGUAAAUAUUUUGAUAAAGUAUGGCCUAAAUGGCGAGAGGGUAUAAAAUCCGAAGUUGCCAUGUUAAAGAUAUCGAUGAUUACCACAAGAAAACAACUGGAGUAGUUACAGAUCAAUUGCGUGCAUGGUUGAAUAAAAGUUAUUAUGAUGAUGUCAAAUAUGAUAUCAAACAAUGGAAUCGUUGGUUAAGAAUUUGGAGUCAAUUUACCAUGGAAAAUUUCCUCAAGAGUACUUUGGACACAAUUCUUUCAAAAGUCAAGGGCUCUGAUCGAAGUGAUCUUGAUUUGAAUACUAUUGGAAAUCUUAUUCCUUGGUCCAAUGAUGCACUGCGAAGUUACUCAGUGUCUUCUUACAAUGUGCAGCUCGAUGUAUCUUUAGUUGCAUUGUUGCGUGAUCAACUUGGAGGCUGGUCGUCCGAAAAUAUGCAUUGUUUGGCAGGAGGUAUGGAAACACUGCCGAAAGCUUCUCUUUGGCGACAAUGAUGAAGACAACAAGUUGGAUAAAAGAACUGACGUCGUUUUCAAUCAAUCUGUAACAAAAAUUGCUUACACUUUUUGCAAAAAAAAUCCCAGUGUGGACUCGGUAACUGUAACAUACUACCAAGAGAAAUGAAAUGAGGAAAUAAAAUA